UUAGACAUCAAACCUUGGACUGUGGAUGUGACUACCUCUUAGGGCUAGUGGUAGCUACAAGCGGAUUAGCCAGCAAGCUACCCUGCUAGCAGACUACCUUCCCUAAGCCAUUGCUAACUUCAUAACAUGGGUCGGCAAUCUUCGAAUUCAUUGAUUGUAACGCAAUCACUAACUCGUCGUAACUUACAUGCGCUGGCGUUGCGUGGACCAUCCGACCGGUAGGUUUAAACUGCCAACAUGAAAGGAGUCUGAAAUCACAUCACGACAUCUCAUGAUACAACGAGCCGUUCAGACCUUCUAAGGGCGACUCCAUGCUUUCUGAUGAACUUGAUUCCAAGCCUGAGCUGUUGGUUGAGUUCGUGCAGAACGCCUCCAUUCCACUUGGCCAGGGUCUGGAGGAGCCGGACACCUGUCCAAAGAACACCUGUCUGCCUCUUCAGCCGCUGCCAGCGGAUAACUCCAUAUGCAGCCAUCUGCAGCUGACAGAGCGCACUCUUAGUCACGCUGGCUCCACGGAACUUUGUGAGUUUGGGGCGGAGCGGAGCGCCAUGGUGGUGCAGCUGCACCCGCGGGCCCCCAGCCCCGGCUCCACGCAUGUCAACCACGCCGCCGUCCCCGUCCCCAACCACGCCCCGAUCAUGCAGGACCUGCAGCAGCAGGACAGCACCUCCUACGUGCUGCUGAACCUGGCCAAGGGUCUAGCAGCGUCGGCAGAGUCACUGGUGUUUGUGCAGGACGAGGCGGAGGAGGAGAUCUCGGCGGGCGAGGGGGGCGAUGGCAGUGCCCCCUGGUACCUGCGGGUGCAGGAGCUGGCACACGAUAGCCUGAUUGCUGCCACCCGGGCACAGCUGGCCAAGGAUGCCAAAGACGCCAGGGCCAACAGCAAUGGUGAGCAUCUCCAUGGCUACCAGUCUGAGGGACCAAAGAAGGAGCAGGCGCCUCACGGUAACCGUGGAAACGCAGAGAAGGUGCUCAGGUGUCCCUAUGAGAACUGCCACCGCACGUUCACCUGGCCUGCACACCUGAAGUACCACCUCAAAACACACAGGAAUGACCGUACGUUCCGGUGCGGUGCGGAGGGCUGUGGCAAGAGCUUCUACGUGCUGCAGCGUCUGCAGGUGCACAUGCGCACACACAACGGGGAGAAGCCCUACACCUGUCCGGAGCGCGGCUGCGGCAAACGCUUCACCACCGCCGGCAACCUCAAGAACCACCGACGCACACACACCGGAGAGAAGCCGUUUCUGUGUGAGGUGGACAGCUGUGGUCGCUCGUUCGCUGAGUACUCCAGUCUGCGGAAACACAUGCUGGUGCAUUCAGGAGAGAAGCCUCACCAGUGUGGCGUGUGUGGUAAGACCUUCUCCCAGAGCGGCAGCAGGAACGUCCACAUGAGGAAGAGACACGGCGAGGAGUCUCUCGGCCCAGAGGGCACCGACGCAGGAGAGGCGCUGACGCACAGCAGCAUCCUGGAGGCUGACGGGGCCGCCGCCGGUGAUGCCAUGGUCACCAUGACUACCGUGGAGCCCAUGAACGUCCACCACGCGAUGUUGCGAGGGCAAGACUCCGUGGUGGUGCUCUCUCCACCCCAUGACCUGGUCUCCAUGACAACGGGAGGUCAUCCCUACGGUGAGGAUGUGGUGACCCUGCUCUAGCACUGUGUGUGUAAAUAGUCACUCAUGUAGAUACGCCAUAAGAUUUGUACAAACAAACAAACAAAC